CACACUGUACGGCUUGUUGAUGUUGAUUUUUUAUGUGGGUGAAAAACACGCUGGGAUAUCCCUAGAUGUUUCAUUCAUUGCAAAUUCUUUCGCGGUGGUGAAAAUGUGUUUUCGUUAUAUCAUUUUUAUGAUCAAUUGAAAAGUGCACGAAAAGGAUGUAAAACGGUUUCAUGUUUUAUGAGUUCAUACUUUCGCACGCAUGUUUGAUUGUGAGAAAUGUUGUUAUAUUGAAGUGUGUGUCAAAACAAAUAUUACAGAUAAUAGCAAACUUUAAACAUCACAUUGUAAAUGAUGGAUAAUGAUAAAUGAAACGAAUGAAAUAUUGCUGACACACCGGCAAUGCUAAAACACAGAGUUUCAAAUGCUGGUCAACACGGCGCAGCGGCUGCCGCCGCCAAAACCGCCCUUGGAAACCAAACACAGCCACCCCCAAACAGCAAAGUCGCUAGCGAUCCUAUGCCUCCAUUCCAACCAACUGGGUGUUCUAGUGACACGAUGCCGGGACAUCCUCAGAUAGGCCACGUUAGCAAUAUGGAACCGGGACACAACCCAACAGGUCAGGCUAGCAAAACGAUUCCGGGACAUACUCCGAUUGGUUAUGCUAGCAAUACGACGCAGGGACACAAUCCGAUAGGUCACGCUAGCAAUACGGUAUCGGGACACAGUUUGGCAUAUAGCACUGCUCGCGGAACAGUAUCGGGACACACUACGGGAAAUAGCCAAACGUACAGUGCUAGCGGUACGGAGUCGGGACAAUCUCAAGCUUACGAUAUAAGUAAUGCGUCUGCCCGAAAUGAAUUCGCAACACCGGUGCACACCACCAGUAACACCGGACGGAUACCGGUGUUACAAAAUUCCAAUGACUACAGCAGUGGUUAUCAUGUGUCAUCACAAAUGUGCAAUAGCGGUAACGAAGGAAUUCAAAAUGCUUCAGGCGUAGGAGAAUAUCAACAACAAUACAAUACCAAAUAUGCCUAUCCGGAACAAGUUGGCGAUGCUAAUUUAGGUCAGGAACAGAGUGCAACUGGACAAAAUAUAAGCGUGGCAAAUCAGUCAAAAGUGCCUUUGAUUAUAACAACGGCGUCCACUGCUAAAGAGGGUGUUCGAAUCAUAGAUGAGAAGUAUGACUCAUUGGGACAUCUAUCGGCGAGUCCAACAAAAUCUCCCCUGGGGUCACCGUUGAGCGAUGGUGGGCAAUUUUCGUUCACUGAUAUUGUCAUGUCACAAAAAUUCCGCGACGGAGUGAAUGAACAAGAUUUACUGCAGGUGGAUACGUUUUACAGAAGUCACAAGUCUGAAGUGUUCGUCUGUGGGUGCCUAGCAAAUCUGUAUUUUGGUUCUACGAAAGCCUCGGUUUCCAAUGAUCAGUGGUCAUUUUCGUCAACAGGAAUCCCGUUACUUUUAUUAAACUCUGGGGAACACCAUAGAGAAAGAAAGCUCUUUAUCAUACUGGCUGAAAAGGGAACGGGGUUUACUUUAUGGCGAGAUGUUAUUGAUAACCUCACCAGUUAUAAAACACCAAAUGUAAACUUCCAUACAAUGCAUCUUUCAAAAGACCACACGAAACUUGCUGGACUUAGUUUCGAUGACGCUGGUAAAGCAAAAGAGUUUUAUGGUCACCUAGAAAAGCUCACGGCAGACCCUGAUGACGAUUUGUUGAAAAUUGGUGGGUCGAAGAAGAAGAAAUCUGUUAAAGAUAAGAAGAAGAAAAUUAAACUACCUAAGAAAACAGAAAUCUCACAGCCAUGCUGUUUCGUACACGUCACAAAACUUGACAGACCAGUCUCUGAAUCGGAUUUAACAACCCAUACCAAAGGAACUUCAAACGAAAUAUCAGCUCCUUUCAACUUUCAGCACGUCACAGGAACUCCCGGAAAUGAACCACAUUCUCUUUCCGGAAGUUUGCCAAAUAUAAUGGGGAGCAAAUUAACUUUGACGAGUACAAAUAGUAUAGAUUCUGGGUUAUCUGACGAUAGGACUUCUUCUCGGACGUCUAAGUCAUGAUUGUUAUGAUUAACUGUAUGUUUAUAAAUGGUGCCAUAAAUGAAAGACAAUUCCAGCGAUAUACAGAAUUAUUUCAACCGAAAAUUCAUAAAGACAGGCCACUAAACUGAAAGAAUCACUUCGUCAGUUAGUUUUGAGGCUAUGUGUUUUUAAAUAUAUGUAUCAAACAUAAGUUUGCCAAUAUUAAAUCUGUCGCAUACCCACAA